AUAAAAGGUUAUGAAAAGCCCCAAAUCGGCAAAUCGCCUCUCUACCAUCUUCAUCUUCAUCGUCUUCAGUGUGAUUGAUGAGUCUAUUAAUGGAGCGUGAUUUCUUCAAAUAUCUACCAUCAGAAAUCACCACCAACAUCCUCUCACGCCUGCCCAUCCGAAGCCUCGCAGUCAGCAAGUCUGUUUGCAAACCAUGGCUCAACUUAAUCGAUUCCGACGAGUUCCACAAAUCCGAAAUCAAAACCCCUCCCGCCCUAGCUCUCCUGACGCCGAAAGGGAGGGACGCAACUCAGUGCGCGAUUUACGAAAUUGAAGACGAAGACGAAGUCGAUUUGCAGAAAAGCCAUGAUCUUCACUACAUUUCGCUCACGGACUUUGAUAUCCCUCAUCCAAACAGAGGAUUUAUGGAAGCCACUGCUAAUGGAUUGCUUCUUCUCUACCCACGAUCAACAACAGGGUUUUUCGCCGCCGCUGCUUCUAUUGCAUUUACAUACAGAAGAGGAGGUAAAAAUUUCCCCCAUAUUUCCAUCCCUUUCCAUUUCUUUCCAUUACAAUUAGUUUUUUGAUCUUCGUAUUGAAAUAACCGGUCAUCUAUUUUAUGGUUUCUAUUUUUGGAUUAAAGCAUUCAAGCACGGGAUCUUGUAAUUGGAGAUUUCGUUCACUUCUUACUGAGAGGUUUCUUUAAAUUCUCAGUAUUAAUUUAUUGCACUCGAAUGUAAUAAUAGAUCUAUGUAAUAUUAACAUUGCUAAUGCGCAUCUUAGUUAGAUCUGGCAAUUCAUGAUGUUGCGUUUAUUUUGUAUCAUCAUUUCAUGUUUUCUGUUAUCCAUUCUGUGCCUUUUCAUAAUCUCCUUCCUCUUUAUUCGUGUUUGAUAUUGUCUUGUUUAGAUCAUGCUAUCAUGAUGUCUUGUUGAGGAUUGUCUGUGUCUUUAACUUAAUUUCUGGUUUGGGAUGUUUAUUUGCCUGUUUCGAAGCCAACUUAGUCAAAUUCAUGUCUGGUUUGUCAUGUAUAGUUCUUGCUAUCGUGCCUGCAAAAAAGGCCAACUUAGUACCCAAAUAAUGCACAAUUCAUGCACGAUUCGCGCCGUCUAAUGUUAUAAUAAACUUAAUUAGUACCCAAUUAAGCACAAUCCAUACCCAAUUCAUGCACAUUAAUGCACAAUUUAUGCACAAUUCAUGCACAAUUCGCGCUGUCUAAUGUGUUUUUUUCCGGUUGAAAUGUCACUGUAUUAUUGCCUCCAUCCUUACAUUCAUUACAUGGGUAUGUAUUUAAGCCAUGUUAGAUUGUUGAGAUUUUGAC